GUACUAUAAGAGCGGCUGCCGCGCACGCAGGGGCACUGCGGAGCCUAGGGGCGGCGGCGGCGGCGAAGCAGGAUGGAGAUCCCCGUGCCUGUGCAGCCGUCUUGGCUGCGCCGCGCCUCGGCCCCUUUGCCCGGGCGCCUCUUCGACCAGCGCUUCGGCGAGGGGCUGCUGGAGGCCGAGCUGGCUGCGCUCUGCCCCGCCACGCUGGCCCCCUACUACCUGCGCGCACCCAGCGUGGCGCUGCCUGCCGCCCAGGUCCCGACGGAACCUGGGCAUUUCUCGGUGCUGCUGGACGUGAAGCACUUUUCCCCAGAGGAAAUCGCCGUCAAGGUGGUUGGCGACCACGUGGAGGUGCAUGCGCGCCACGAAGAGCGCCCGGAUGAGCAUGGAUACAUCGCACGCGAGUUCCACCGCCGCUACCGCUUGCCGCCUGGUGUGGACCCUGCCGCCGUGACGUCUGCGCUGUCUCCUGAGGGCGUCCUGUCCAUCCAGGCCGCUCCCGCGACAGCCCAGGCGACGGCCCAGGCUCCACCGCCGCCGCAGGCUGCUGCCAAGUAGGCGGUCAUGCCUGAACCCUGGGAGCCGCCUCUGGCCCCCUCUUUUAAAGCCGACCUGACUCCGCCCAGCCAGAUGUCCUGAGCGCGCCAAAACCACCCACCCAAUCUGGGAUCCUACCCUGACCCUUCCCAACUAGGCUCUGCCCUGGUAACCUAGACCUUUCCACUGACGCUCCCACUCUCAUACCCCCUCCAGCUUUCAACCCCCUGACACCUCCCUAGCUUCCAGGCCCUACAAGCACAACCCUUCAGCCUACAGUCUCCCAGCCCCACUGACCCCACUUUCUUGGCAAUAUAAACCCACUCAAAAUUC